AGAAAAAUGCCAUAAACAUCGCAUUGUGCCAUCUUCAGACAGUCGUCGAAUAAUACACAAAGAACGCAAGCAACCAUGACCGGAAAACUAGUUGACCGCUUCCCACUCGCGAUUGCGUCCAUGAGCUUGGGCCGUGCGGCGCACCACGACCUCGAGACCAAGCUCUCCGCCGCGGCCGCGGCGGGCUUCAAAGGUAUCGAGGUGUUCUACGAAGACAUCAAGCUCCCCGCGCGGGCGAUGAGCACUGGUACCUUCGAAGAGAACCUCCUCAAGUCAGCACAGACGUUCCGCGACCUCUGCGACAAGUACUUCCUCGAGAUCUUCGUUCUGCAGCCGUUCAAGAACUACGACGGCCUGCUGUCACCGCAGCGACACGCCGAGAAGCUCGCCAAGCUUCGGCACUGGCUGAAGAUGGCCAAGGUCCUGCGCACCGACACGAUCCAGAUCCCGAGCAUGUUCCACCAAGACCCCACGGUUGCCACUGGCUCCGAGGACAAGAUCGUCGCGGACCUGCGGGAGGUCGCCGAUAUCGGCGCCGAGGCGGGCAUCCGGUUCGCGUACGAGACGAUGGCGUGGGGCGCGCACAGCGAUACCUGGCAGGACGGCUGGCGGAUCGCGCGCAAGGUCGACCGGCCGAACUUUGGUAUGUGUCUGGAUACGUACCAGAUCCUGGCGCAGACGUGGGCGGACGUGACGGCGGAAGGCGGGCGGCGCGAGAAUGCGGACGAGAGGAUGAGGGUCGACUUGAAGGAGCUCGUCGACACCCUGCCGCUGGAUAAGGUGUACUAUAUACAGCUUUCGGACGCCCAGAGGCAGGAAAAGCCGAUCAAUGCCGCACAUGAGUGGUGGGAUCCGAAGAUGAAGCCCAAUAUGAUCUGGUCGAGAAAUGCGAGAUUGUUCCCCUUCGAGGAGAACCUCGGGGGUUACAUGCCCGUCCUGGAAAUGUUGGAGGCCUGGAUCUUUGAUUGGGGCUACAGAGGUUGGGUAUCGAUGGAGCUGUUCAACAGGUCCAUGUCUGAUCCUUCUCCGGGUAUUCCCGAGAGCCAUGCAAAGAGAGGAGCGGAGGCAUGGAGGAAGUGUGUCAAGGCUUUAAAGUUGGAUGAGAAGGAAGACGACGCUUGAGAAGCAUACUUUGUAACUGUGGUUAUACAUUGACGUCACGUCAAAUCACUCGUGGUAUCAAGAGCUGGC